AUUUUAGCAAUUCCUACUAUAUGCUUAUUCGUAAAUAGCAGCAGCUUGUGAAAUUUCAUCAGAAAAUCUUUGUGAUCGGUAAACAAAUAUUACGCAAGAAAAUGGAAAAGCUUAAGUACGAGCUGCCGGCAGAUUACAAAUACGAAGUGCACAAAUGCAUUUGUAUGCGUCCGUUUAUGGCCUACGAAUGUACACACUGUCAUCAUUACUUUAGUGGACGCCUCAAAGAGAUUUGCCAGGUGCAUCCGUCGGAUAUAUUUUUGAUGGACUUUCGCGAGUGUCCCUAUUGUCUGGCACCCAAUUCGCAGGUGAAAGUUUCCGACUUGUCUAUGGAGCAGAUCAAAAAAAUUGAGGAGGCCGCAUUGCCAAAUGCCAACGAUGGCUUCUAAGCGAGUUUGAUACGCGCUACACAAAUUUUAACAUUAUGAAAUCGAAUUCAUAAAUCAUAUUAUCACAUGUAUUA